AUGGAAGUUCUAGGGGAUAGUAAUAACAAUAUGAAAGCCUGGUUAACUCAGGCUCCAAAAUUAACAACUUUUAGAGUGAAUAAAUUAAAAAAGAUAGAAGUUGAUGUCCUCAAAAAUUUUCUUAUAUCUCAACGUAAUGUGCUGGACACUACAGAAUUACCAGAUUUUUAUUUCUUAAGACCAGAUUGUCUUAUUCUUGGACCAUGGCCUGAAGUUAGUUUGAAGAAGGCAGGAAAAGAGGUCAUAGUUGAUGCUCUAUGUGCAGCUGCUGUGCUGAGGGGGGCUCAUGUGUUUGCUCCUGGAGUUAUGGGCCUGCCUGUUAAUUCUCAGUUAGGUGAAAGAGUUGACAUCUAUGGAGACUUAGAAGGCCAUUGUAAAAGAGGUCUAAAAGUGGAAUACACUGGUAGAAAGUUAUAUGUUGGAACUGGCUACUUGAAAAUGUUACGAGCUGACUUAUUUGAUAAUGGUGUUCAACCAAGUGGCAUUGCAGUACACACUAUUCUGCCGGCAUCCAAACUACCAGUAGUAAAUGAAACAAUAUAUUCUAAAGGAGAAGUACUACUACAGAACCUGCCUUCUAUUGUCUGUGGAUGGGUCCUAGAUGCCAAACCAAAUGAAUGUAUUCUAGACAUGUGUGCAGCCCCUGGUAAUAAAACUACACAUUUAGCUGAAAUGUCCAAUGAUCAAGCAACAAUAAUAGCUUUAGAUAAAACGCCACAGAAGGCUGCAAAAAUAAAGGAAAGUUGCGAAAUUCAAGGAGUGACUUGUGUUACGGCAUAUGCUUUUGACUCAACUAAAUGUUGUUCUGAAGAAAGUAAAGGGAUAAAUAGUGGACCUCCCUUUCCACCAAAUAGUUUCGAUAAAGUGCUGUUAGAUGCUCCUUGCAGUGGAUUGGGACAAAGGCCACAGUUAGUAAAUAAAAUGACCCCAAAGAUGAUAGGUUCUUACAAGUUUGUUCAACGAAAAUUGUUUGCAGAGGCUGUGAAAGUACUAAAAGUUGGCGGGAAACUAGUAUACAGUACAUGCACAAUAACAGAAGAAGAAAACGAAGGUAUGGUGGCCUGGGCACUUGAGAAGUUUCCAUGUCUAAAACUAAUACCUGCUGAACCAAUCCUUGGUGGAACAGGAUUAGCCAAUAAAGGAUUAAAUGAUGCGCAAAGAUUAAUGGUACAGAGAUUUGGACCAGAAGACAAUGAACUUAGGAAAGUAGAUCCUAUUUACAAGGAUUCUAUUGGAUUCUUUAUAGCUGCAUUUUCGAAAUCGUAA